CCUGACCCCCCCUCUCUCCCUCCUUUUUUCCUUUUUUUUGGUUAUCGGAAAUUGAAGCUCUCCUGUCAGGCUCUGCCACAAAGUAAACAAGAAAAAGGAAGAUGGAAAAGAUGAGAAAAGAUCCCCUGUAAUUCUUAUCUCUCAUCACCACCACUGACCACCCUCCUUCCCCUUCCUCUAUAUUAAUACUCCCUUCGCCUCUCUAGUUUCUACACACAGAACACCAGAGAGGGAGUGCUCUCAACGAGUCUCUCUAUAGAUAAUUUGUUCGACCACGACCAUGUGUAACCCAAACACUACAGCCGCCGCUGCCGUAGCUGUCGCCACAGUUAAUGGGGCUGUGAUCGGAAACCAGGCACACCCACCCAAAACCCAACUGUAUUGGGCUCUCGUAUCUCUGCGGAACACCUCGAAAGCAGCAAAACCAGAAAACACAGAAGAGAAAUUGCAGUCAUUCACAUACCCAACAAUCCCAGAUAUCAUCGAAGAAACGAAAUCCCUUCUCAGGCUCUCCUUUCCCAUCGCUCUCACUGCUCUCCUCGUCUACUCACGCUCCAUCAUUUCCAUGCUCUUCCUAGGCCACUUGGGUGACAUGGAGCUUGCCGCCGGUUCUCUCGCGAUCGCCUUCGCUAACAUCACUGGUUACUCUGUUCUCUCUGGUCUCGCCUUAGGGAUGGAGCCUCUCUGUUCCCAAGCCUUCGGUGCUCAACGCCCAAAGCUCCUCUCUCUUACCCUCCAUCGCUCUGUGAUCUUCCUUCUAUUCUCUUCAAUACCCCUCUCUCUCCUCUGGCUUAACGUCUCCAAGAUUCUCCUCUGCUUACGCCAAGACCCCAACAUCACACGUAUCGCUCACACAUACCUCCUUUGCUCCCUCCCGGACCUCCUCACUAACUCCUUCGUCCAUCCAAUCCGCAUUUAUCUUCGAGCCCAGGGAAUCACCCACCCGCUCACGUUAGCAUACUGCGCCAGCGCCAUCCUCCAUGUACCCGCCAACCUCCUCCUCGUUUCCCACCUCCGGCUCGGCGUCGCCGGCGUGGCCGCGGCUUCCGCUGCCUCUAACUUCUUUGCGUUAUUGUUCCUAGUCUCGUACGUGUGGGCAGCGGGAUUGCACGUGCCAACUUGGGAGGCUCCAAGCCGGGAAUGCCUGACUGGCUGGGAGCCAUUGCUCCGGCUUGCCGUGCCGAGCUGCGUAUCCGUGUGCUUAGAGUGGUGGUGGUACGAGAUCAUGAUCGUGUUGUGUGGUCUCCUCACGAACCCAGAAGCGACGGUGGCCUCCAUGGGUGUACUCAUCCAGACCACGGCCUUGCUCUACGUGUUCCCAUCCUCAUUAGGCUUUGCCGUGUCGACGCGUGUCGGGAACGAGUUAGGUGCGAACCGUCCAGGGAAGGCGAGGGCGUCAGCCGGUAUCGCCGUUUUGUUGGCGGCACUGAUGGGGUUCUCAGCUAUGGUAUUCGCGUCUGGGAUGAGGGAUAGGUGGGGCCGGAUGUUUACGGCUGAUGCCGAGAUCCUACGGCUUACUUCUGCUGCGUUGCCGAUCCUAGGGUUGUGCGAGCUUGGAAACUGUCCACAGACGGUGGGGUGCGGAGUACUGAGAGGGAGUGCUCGACCCAGCACGGCAGCUAAUAUAAACCUCGGCGCAUUUUAUCUGGUUGGGAUGCCCGUGGCAGUUGGGCUUGGGCUUUGGCUUGGGGUUGGGUUUUGUGGGCUUUGGCUGGCGUUGCUUUCGGCUCAGGUUUGCUGUGCUGGGCUCAUGUUGUAUAUUGUGGGGACCACAGAUUGGGACGCUCAAGCUCGACGAGCUCAGUCACUGACAUGCGGAGGAGGAGGAACUAUAGAGACUGAACUACUAGGGAAUGGCAGCGAAGAGGAGCCAUUGAUCUCAAUCAAAGUCACUCAAAUCUGAAAAUUAUUUAUCUUUUUUUAUUUUUGAAAAUUUAAAAUUUAAAAAUUCAAAAUCAGAUAUAAGAGGGUCAAGCACGUGUAAUUACUUGUUUUUUUCUCUCUUUUUCCCCCCCCCCCAAUUCUGGUGAGUUGGGUUGUGAAAUUAUUGUUAAUUUUAUUCUGAGAGGAAAUUUUGUUUUCUUCUA